AUGAGUCCUCAUGACUCACACCUGAAAAAUCACGCUGAUCCAUCUGUUAUAAAUACAAGUCCGACCUUCUUGCACUCGCACGACAAUAUGGCAACAUGUAUAAGCGUCCCAGUAGCUAUUCCAGAAGAUGGCUUACCGACAAAGCCCAUGAUAAAAGCCAUUGUCGGCACAUUCUUCACCAAGGAGUGGCCAGAUGUGGAUCCAGAAACCCUCAUCGUGACAUACAACACUGCGUACGCAAACACAAAUUGUGUCGUGGAACGGCCAAAGAACAAGGAUGAAAUUUUUUCAGAGCCUCUCAAGGUAUUCCUCAAGAUCAACGGGGAGCUUGAUGGAGAAAUUGAGGUGUUCAAACAUUUGGUUCCCAACAAACACGAAGAGGCACAGCUAUGCUAUGAUUACGGCCAAUUGGGUCUUGGUGCCAAAUUAUACGCCUUCUUCCAGACAAAGGAUGGCGCUUUUGGAAGGAUCGAUGAGUUUUUGGAUGCACGAAAUCUGAAGCCAGAAGAUGUGGAAGACGAAAAUAUCCGAGCCGACGUCGCAAGGGGAUAUGCCGCCUUUCACGCCAUGUCGACAGAACGGGGAAAAAAAUCGGUUGAGAGUUAUUACGAUACAAUCACCCGAGAGCUUGCGAAAUAUCACAGGAUGGAAAAGCUCAAGAGGCUGGCCAAAGAAGUAGAUGUCGGUAUUGACCACAUUAUCGAUUAUGACUUUGUGUCACGAAUCAGACAAGUUGUCGAGAGACUGGAUUCAAUCAGAGGAAAAAAAGGGUGGUGCAUUCACGACGUUCAAUUUAUGAAUGUGAUGGUAAAGAACAACCUUAGGCAAGGCGAAAGCAGGAUUGUUCUCAUAGACUUUGAAUUCGUCUUUCAAAAUUACCGCGCAUUCGACAUUGGCGGCCACUUUUUGCAGAAGAUGUUCCAGUGGUUUGAUGAAGAGAGCAAGAUCGCCAAAUGCCGACCUUAUACAGAAGAGGAGAAGAGGCACUUUUGCGAAGAAUAUGCAGUGCAAUGGAAUGAGGCGACUGGCGACUCGGAUGCGGGGGAACAGAUAUUUCUGGAAGCUGAGCUGGGCUUCCUGCUGGCCAUCACGUUCGAAAUCCAUAACAUGCUAUGCUUUAUGGAUCAGGAUGACGCCAAGGAGCCGUUAGAGCUCCUGGGGCUUCAGAAGUUGUUUGAAGAGUUCGUCAACCAAUAUGAAAGGAUUGGACUGGAAACGUAA